AUGGCAAUCACAGAGCAGUAUGAAGAUAAGGAGGCUUUGUCACUGAAGGAGAUGUUUGAAAAGCUUGAAGCAACUUCCAUGGCUCAUACUCACCCUCUCACAACUCCCAUUCAAUCUUGUUUCAGAUGGGAUUCUCUCUUCACACUUCCUCCAUUUACAAAGCAAAAUAUGAAGCUCUAUGGUGUAGCAUUCAGAUCGGUCAGGAAAUCAGAUUGUGUAGAUGAUGACAGUCUGCUCUAUGCAGCAGAUGCCUCAGCCUAUCAAGAGGUCCUCACAUCUGGAAAAUUAAUUGGGUACUGGUAUGGAACGUUGAAUGAGAGAAGGGAAUGCCUGGCAUCAUGCAUAUGGAGAAACAGAGAAGCGGCCGAGUCUGUAAUGAGUGCUCCGUUGCAUAUCAAAGCUGCUAGCCUUGCAACCCAUUUUUAUGAGAGAUAUACAUUGGAGAGUUUUUGGAUUCAUUGCAACUCUGAUGGGUCUUACACUAUUGAAAUUAUUCGCUCAACAUCCUCCUCCUUCUCUUGA